UAAGUGUAUGUUGUGCUGCCUCGGACACAUUUUCUUUGAUUUCCUAGUUAGGAUGGUUGAGCUGUCUCUCCGCAAAUUCACUGCCACUCUCGUUGGAGACUGACUUCAGUGUGUAGCUUUGUCAAGGCAGAGGUCGACUUAACAGUUAUCAUUCAAGAUGGAUAUCAAGACAAAGAACUUCUUCGAUAACCUUCGUCUGAAAACUAAGUUGGCCAACCUGAAGAAGCAAGGGAAGAAGGCCCUUCCCAAGCGGGGAAAGAAGCUGGCCCAUCGGCGCAGUAUUUCUGUACCAGACCUAAGGUCCGUGCUAGGUGAAGCCUUUCCUGCUGACAGCGCCUUGGUGUCCACUCCCGAUGAAACCACAUCCUUUGGUAACGCUGCUGGUUUGAGUGAUACUGAUUCUGUUGCAAGCAGCUUGAUCACUGAUGGACCUCUUUACACAGACAAACUGAACGAUUCAGUCUCAGAAAGUAGACUCAAAGUUCCCACAGGUCGCAUAGAUGCUGCUUUGAAUAGAAUGAGUGCACCGGUGGGAUUGAACUUUUAUGAGGAAAUUGAUGGUAUGAUUAAUGUGCGCUCACAGAACAAGGUGCCAGAAGGCCUGUAUGCACAAGUAGAUAAAAGACCCAAGGGGAAUGCACCUAGAUUUACUUUUGACCCUAUUCCUGCACCAAGCUCUGUUUUAACCUACUCACUUUCACCAAGUCCAGAACGUGUGGAGAGUCGGAGUCUCUCUGGUGAAGGCACCUCAGGAGACGCAGUGCAUUCAGGUGCUGUUGCUGCAGUAUUGGCCAGGGCAAGCUCAAUGGGAGACCAAAUAAACCCUUUCAAAGAAAAGAGUGCCACAUCAUUUGAGUAUAGAAAGCCAGAUUCUGAAAAGGGAACUCCGCCAGCGAUCAGAGUAAACGCUCCUGCAGCUCCGUCUCUGAUAUCAGAUAACCUGCGCACUCCUGUGGAGAGUGCAGAUGGGACCUCUUUGGACUCUGCCUGUGGCAGUACCACUGAGGAGCAAGUCAGCAUGCCCUGGACGACAGACUCAGAGGAACUGGACCGAGAACCCAGCUCUCCUUUUUUUAUGAGAGACUUUACUGCCGAAGAGGCUCUGCUAGAACAAGCCCAGUCUGAAGAGGCCCUGGAAGAAACAACAGAGAUGUCCAGUGAACCGUGGGAUUUCUUUGAUGAAAAUCAAGAUCUUCUGGAAAACCCUGUUAUGUCAGCAGGGCCUGACGUCCAAGCACCUGACCCCAGUCAGAGAUACCUCCUGAGUAUCAACCUUAAGCAGGGGAGGAACCUGGUCAUCCGGGACAAGCGCUCCGGGACCAGUGAUGCUUAUGUGAAGCUCAAACUUGAAGGAAAACAGUUCUACAAAAGCAAAGUGGUUUAUAAAACCCUGAAUCCACGGUGGAACGAGUCCUUCUCCUAUCCUCUUCGAGACAUAGAGCAUGCCGUGGACGUUCGGGUCUACAAUAAAAAACGGACCGCUGACGAUUUCAUGGGUUCCAGCACUAUAAUUCUGAACAAUCUUGAACUGUACAAAACCUAUGAAAUGGAGUUGCAGCUUGAUGAUCCAAAAAGAAAAGAAGAUGACAUGGGAGUCAUACUUGUUGACGUCUGCUUAAUGUUUCGAGAUGCCACCAUCAAGAGAAGCCCCAGAUGGCCACAAAGGAAGAAUAAGCAGAACCAGGCCGCAGCAUCCUCGCGAUCAACUGAGGCGCAGAGAAAUCCGCUGAAGAACCAGAUGUGGACUGGGGUGCUUGGUAUCACCUUGGUGGAGGGACAGGACCUGCCGCAGCAUGGCCACGGAGACAUUUACGUCCGCUUUCGCCUCGGUGAUCAGAAGCACAAGAGCAAGAACAUUUGCAUUCAGGCCCAUCCACAGUGGAGAGAGCAGUUUGAUUUCAAUCAGUUUGAAGAUAACCAGGAACCUCUGCAGGUGGAGGUGUACUCCAAGAGAGGGAGGAAGGCUGAGGAAUCAUGGGGGAUGUUUGAGAUUGACCUAUUGAGACUACAACUUAAUGAGAGGCAGCUCUACACUCAUGUGCUGGACCCAGGAAAGGGCAAGCUGGUGUUACUGGUCACCCUUAGACCCUGCUGGGGAGUCUCCAUCUCUAACAUUGAAGCCGCUACCUUGGAGAAGCCUGAUGAGAGAGAUGCCAUAUUGGAAAAAUUUAGCUUAAAGAACUCACACAAGUGUGUGGGAGAGGUUGGCUUCCUUCAAGUCAAAGUUGUAAAGGCAAAUGAUCUUGCUGCCACAGACCUCAAUGGAAAAAUCAACGCUUUUUGUGUAGUGGACCUCGGUAACAGCAAACUUCAAACUCACACAAUCUACAAGACCCCCAAUCCAGAGUGGAACAAAGCCUUUACAUUCCCAAUAAAAGACAUUCAUGAUGUGAUAGAGUUCACUCUCCUUGAUGAAAAUGGAGACAAAGCCCCAAACUUUUUAGGAAAGGUGGCCAUUCCAUUACUGACUGUUCAGAAUGGGCAGCAGAUAUGCCUGUUCUUAAAGAAAGAAGACUUGGUAAAUGCAUCCAAAGGAACCCUCACACUGGGGCUGGAAGUGAUCUACAACAAAGUCAGAGCUGGUAUCAAAUCCUUCCAACCAAAGGAGACACAAUUAAUGGAGGAAAACCAGAAGUUCUCUAAAAAGGUUCUUGCCCAGAAUAUAUGUCGGGUUCGAAAAAUCAGCACAGCAGUUCUGUACACGUUACAGUACAUUAAAAGCUGUUUUCAAUGGGAGAGCACGCAACGGAGUCUAAUAGCCUUUCUGAUCUUCCUUGUGACGGUGUGGCAGUGGGAGCUCUUCAUGCUGCCCCUCUUCCUGCUUCUGCUCAUUGGCUGGCACUACUUCCAGCUCACUGCAGGGAAGGCCAGCUCCAACCAGGACCUGGUGAACAUGAGCAUGGGUGAAGACGAAGAGGAAGAUGAGAAGGAAUUUGGAAAAAGGGGUCUGAUGGAUAAGAUACAUAUGGUGCAGGAAGUAGUGCUGACUGUCCAGAACCUUUUGGAGGACAUUGCAAACAUCGGAGAGCGAAUCAAGAACAUAUUCAACUGGUCUAUCCCAUUCUUGUCAUGCCUGGUCUGCUUGGUGCUGUUCGUGACAACAUCACUGUUGUAUUUCAUCCCACUACGAUAUAUUGUGCUGAUAUGGGAUGCACAGAGAUCAGGCAGCUGCAGAGGUUUGCUCCGCUCAGUGUGGGCUGAUGUAGCAGAGCAAAGCAGAGGCGAGGCCUAAGGUUUGUGUGGAAACAAAGCAGAGAUAGAGCAGCAAGCUGUAUAUAAUACAUGAUGUCCUUGGGCAGUCUGUAGGCUCCUGGUCUAGCCUCUCAUUAUCUGUUGUAGUCAUACAGAAUACACCGUCAUCUCAGUGGUCAGGGAGAUAUGCUGCCCUUAACAGGCUCUCCUCCUCCAGCUGAAAGCCCACAACCACUGUACUUCCACACUGCCUUCAACACAAUCAAUACCAAAAAACCAUCAUAUCAAACAAAAAACACACAGUCUGAGACACUCCUGCCUCCCCAGUUAACCCCCAUCUCUGUGGUUGCAAGGCAAGCCUUUCAAGUUGCUUGCACAUAUUUAAGUCCUUAGGUUCUUUGUCUGCAUGUUGAGGUACAGGCAGUACCAAGCUGAGAAUAUAAUGGUCCCAUUACAGGACCCCAGAGAUAUUGUUUUCUUUCUCUGUGGUAUGCAGCCAUGUGCAAAGUAAAUAUAGAUAUGCUAGAAAUGAUCAGACUGAAGCAAACAAAAGUAAGGAAAAGUUUUCAGAAAUGUGUGUGUCUUACUUUCAAAUCACAGUUAUCAUUAUUCAUCUGCUUUAAUUGAUUACGUAUUGCUUUAACUUUUCUCCAUUGUUUUGGUUUGGCUUGAAUUCAGUCCAUCUACAAGGGAUCAAUUGAAACAACAUCAUAUAAUGCUCUUACUGAUACACCGGUGGGAACUCUAUACUCUAGAGAAUAUAGAUAGGGUUACACAAUACUUUCUGUUUUAUUUUUGACACUGUAAAGAAAAAGAAUGCAGGUUGGUAUGACAUCUUUAUUUAUUAA